AUGCAUAUAACCAUGCCGGAUAGACUCAAGUUGGCUACUCAAGAGCAGUUGUUAACGACAACCCGUACUCGCCAUCCGGCGCUGCGGAAGACCGCAGCAAUCAGUGAUGAAACAAUAGAUGACGAGAAUACAACCAGCGAUCCGCAUAGUUGGAGCAAUAAUAACGGUACCAACGAUAUCACAUCAUUCGCCUCAGUAAAACGUUUUAAUCAACCAACGGCUACAAUUGUGUGCACCAAAAGCGAGCCGCUUUCCGGCGAGGAUAUCAGUGGUAUUACCGCUGUGCAUCAUCACCGGAGUACUUUACCAGCGCAUGCGCAUUCGGUACCACCUAUGCGACCAUCCAGGCUUCAUGAAAUUUCUGGGAUAAAUACGAUUCGCAGUUGUGAUGGGAAUUUCACAGAGGAAACGAGUGGCUUAUUGUCCGAUGCUCAGUCUGUGAUUAAACAUCAGAUUCCAAAUGAUCCAUCCGGCCUGAGCACAUCUUAUUGUCGGGAUACUGGUGUCACCUUGCCACUAAAUAGCAAUCUCAUGCCACCAAAAUCUGUUAUACAGGAUGACAUACGUAUGAAGCUGGGAAGAUUUGAACUAGUCAAAAAGAAAGGCAGAUCGGAAGUAUGGAAUUUGUUUGGACAGGUGCUUGACACGAUUACGGGAGCUCGUCUACCUUAUGUGGCUUGUUACGCAUGUAAAGUGCUUUAUACAGACACGGGUGGUGGAACGGGGAAUAUGACUCGUCAUAGAUGUCCAAUUGGCAGUAGCUACAAGGAUAACAGUAUAAAUUCAUCGACAGAAACAGCGAAUGAUGCUUCCGGUCAACAGUCUUUUGAAACCCUAACAUCAGGAUAUGUCAAUCAGUUGUCUCCCGACACAUCUGCUGCAUAUAGAAGGGAAUCCCCAGCACCACCUUCAGUUUCACAUACAAGUCUUACGGCGCAAUCAUCAUUCGAGACAUCAUUCAGUGAUUAUGAUCGUCGAAUAUUUUGCAAUGCAAUUAUGCGAUGUUGUGCAAUCGAUUUGCUUCCACCUGCCAUUUUUCAGGGAGAUGGAAUGCAUGGUGUUAUUGAGACGGCUAUAUCGAUUGGACGACGUUGUCGAUGUCCGGAUCGUCAGGCAGUUUCAACACUUAUUCCUGAAACUUCUACCCUAAACCAAGUUAUUGAAGCUAAUACAUCAAUGGUGCUGUCGGAAUUGACUGCAGAAGUGGGACAAAUUGCCCGUACAUCCGGUUUCUCUUUUUCGGUAGAGCGUGUUGGAAACGAAGAUGAUAUUGCUGUUGUCUCUGCUAAUUAUAUCACAGCAGAAUGGAAAUAUAAGCAUCGCAUUGUGAACGUUGAUACACUAGAAAAAAUGAAAACAGGAUUGGGAACAAUGAUCCAAGAAGCUGGUGAAUCCAAAAGACUAUUAUGUGUUACAGAAAACAUUCCGAGUUGUAAUGGGCAAGCACAUCUUUACUGCAUAUGUUACACAUUGAAUAAUCUCAUCCAUGAAAUUUUCGGAGAAUUAUGCGAUCAGAGACAUGAUGUGUUUGCCAUUUUUGUAGAUUGUCAGAAAAUAGUUGCUGCGAUAGAAAAAUUAGGUUUAGACCGUUGGGCCAAUCCACCAAUUGAAAAAAGAGCUGGACGACUUGAUUACUUAUUUUACGGUUACGAAAUGUUAAAAUACGUUAAGGAGUGCGUUCAGCACUUGUCUAUUUCACAGCAUCCAGAUAUUAUGGUACUGGUACGAUCAAUUGAUUGGUCAAUCGCUGAUGAAAUCCGAAAAUAUCUGGAACCAUUUCAUAUUAUGGCAUCAAUUUUCAGCAAUAAAUCAACAGUAUCUUUUCAUAUGGUGCAACCAGAAUGGUUCGCUUUAAUCCAUGAGUUCUCAUCAGAUGAUGAGGAUGAUGUAAGUAAUAACGAUACAUCGACAUGGGUUUGUUCAUUAAGACGGAAAACAGAAAAUGUAUUACGAAAUGCCACAGAAUCAGUAAUUAUGCCUGAACAUCGCAUGGCAACUGUUUUGAAUCCUCGUCUCAAACAUCUUCCAGUUAUUUGUUCGGAUGAAGAAAGGUUAGAAACUUAUUCAAGAAUACGGAAAUUAAUCGGAACAUCCGAACUGAAGAAUUUAAAAAUCGAAGAACAUUCAACUGGUGCAAAUGAUGGAGAACCACCAAAGAAACGAAUAUCAUUUUUAAGCUCGUUAGAAGAUCAUGCAGUUAUCGAUGAUGAGCUAGAAUGUUACUUACGUUCGCAGUAUCCAGCGUCUCAAACAAAAGAUGUGUUGCUGUUUUGGUCCACUGUUGGUCAGGCGCAGUUUCCACAUUUGUCACUAUUGGCUCGGUUUCUUCUUUCUAUUCCAGCUGCUUGUGUGGUCCAUAAAAGUCAAAACGUUUUGAAAUUAACUCCAGAACAUCUGUCAAGCUUACUUUUGUUGCGGUCGUCUUAUACACAAACAGCUUCCAGUGGACAAAGCAAUCAAAUAACUGACAUAAACGUUUCUUCUAAUAUUGGUGCUUCGUUACCUAAAAUUGUAAAUACGCAUAAUAUCGCUUGA